AUUUCUAGCGUCUGAACGCAGGCCACUGUUCCGGCGUCAUUUAGUAUACUUGCUGGCGAAUGCACGGAAAGCUCUUCGGAUGAAAGUAUGGAUUCGAAAGGUGAAAUACUAGAAAGAUACCGGCUUGUGUCCAUGAAACGUCUUAUGGAAUUUGCGAGGAUUCAUUCCAAUUCGCCAUGUUAUUCUGACCAUCUAGAACUUCGAGAAAUAAGCACAAGCCGAUUUGGCCUCAGUAGCAGCCUAUAUGCUAUUUGUGUUGAUUGUGGUCUGUCGGAAUUUCUGGCCACCGGUGAUCAUAAUCUCGCAGACAAUGCCCCCAGAACUGUGCAGGGAAAAGAUUUGAAUCGCAGAGUGGUUUAUGCUGCCAAAUGGCAAUUGGCAGAGAAGAUGUUUCCAAGUUUUGUGAAAUAUUGAACAUGCCUUUUUCCUUGAGCAAAGAUACCUGGCACAGUCAUGAGGAUGCCUUGCUUCAAGCUCAUAGUGAAGUUGUCCAGGUUGUAUUGGAGAAAAACAGGAGUGAAGCAAGGAAGCUGGCAAUGACCGAAGAAGGGAUCAAUGCAGGGGAUGAGGACACUGAGAUAAACAUCCCAAUGAGUUUUGGUGGCACAUGGUCCAGGAGAGGAUACACUGCCAACCAUGGAAUCGGUUUUGUCAUCUCAGCUGCUACUGGAAAGGUUUUGAAUUAUGAAGUCAUUUCAAAGGUAUGCAACACUUGCGUACAAAAGAAAUCAUCAUUAUUAAAUGAACAUGACUUUGAACAUUGGGCUGAAAACCAUAGCUGUCUGGGUAGUUUUGGUGGCUCCAGAACUGUGUAGUAUCAGCUACCCUUCACUUUGGUGCAGGAGCAACAGGAAAGCGUGAGGUGAUGGCAAAGGCUGGGCUCACUGUUGGGGGCCACACCAGGAAAGAGAGCACCAGAAAAGACUCUGAACAAAUUAAAAAGGCUGAAAAAAGGAUCGAGGAUCAACAUAAGAAACACAGAGUUGCUCAAAGGCAAGCAAAACAAAGCGACCAGGAGCAGCGGAGACAAAAAGAGGGCACAACGUACAGUGCUGGUGCUUUCAAUGAACUGACUGUUACUACAGUACCACCAAAAAAGAGAAAAAAAAUUAGAAAUUGUGAGUUAUAACUGGAAAAUUAUCUCAGGAUACUUUAAUAGGGCUGCUUAUUAAAUUUAUUAAUGAUUGUUUUGUUUAGUGAUGUUUCUCAACUGAUUUUGCUUUCAAAAUUUUAAACUAGAUUUUUCUCCAAAAGGCAUUUUUACAGAGUUUUUUAUGCCAACCUAGACUUUUUCCAUUUGCUUUUAUCCAUUUUCUACCAAAUUUGGCUAAUUUACAUACCAAUGGCUGCUCUACCAACCUAUGGAGCUGUUUUCCUUUUUGAUCAAUUCUGUUGAUGUUAUUCCAGAUUAAACCUGUUACAAGAGUAUGCUAUUGCUAUGGCAUCAAAAUUUGGUGAAAACCGAAAUCAUUCAAUAGGUUUGUAGGAGAGUUUGUGGUGUUAUUGUUAGAACUAUUACGCUUAAUGUAUAAAUAGAACAGAAAAAAAAGUAGGGGGGGGCAUGAAAUUAAUGAAAAUUAGCCUCCACUAAGCAUUUGGUUAAUAUUUAACCAUAAAUCUGCAUAUUAUGGUCUGUGAACCACAUGCCACGUUAGGUUGUGGGUUAGUCUAUAUUAGUCAUUAGUAUAAUUUCAGAGCUGAGCA